AUGCCAUCAACACCGCCCAUCACCUCCCGCCCCGUGGUAGCUAUCGCCGGCGCGACAGGACAUCUAGGCAAGCAUGUCGUCGCAGCCUUCCUGUCUCCUCCCUUCCACGGCUACUUCUCGGAGAUAAUCCUCUUAUCCAGACAGGACAACCCCUCCGUCCCUGCACACCCAAAAGACGACCACGGCGCAACGAUGACGGUCCGCAAAUACGACGAGGACAAUCUUCCUGCAGCCCUGGACGACGUCGACGUCCUGGUCAACACAAUCGGCGCAUCCGGCCACGCCUUCAAGGAGAAGCUCCUGCGUGCGUUACCGUCCACCGGGGUCCAGGUCUACUUUCCCUCCGAGUUCGGGGUGGACCAUUACGUCCAUGACUUCCCGCAUGGAGAAUGGGGUCAGAAGAAGAGGCAUUUCGAGCUUGCGCGACAGCUCAUCCCGCAGGUCACGGUUUGUCGGGUUUUCUGUGGGCUGUUUCUGGAGGAUAGUAUUGGGCCGUGGUUUGGGUUCGAUACCAGACAGGGAAAGUAUGAGAGCGUGGGGAGUGCGAAGUCGUUGGUCUCGUUUACCGGAUUGCAGGAUGUAGGGAGGACGGUGGCGUCUUUGGCGGCGAUGCCGUUGAUGAAGAUUCCGGAUGUGGUGCACAUUGGAGGUGAUACACGGACGAUCGAGGAGAUUGCGAAGGUCAUGGAGGGCGCAGGAGCGGGAUCGAUUGAGAUCACGGAGAUUGAUCUGAUGAAGUACAAGGAGGAGACGACGGGGAGGGUCUCGAAUGAGCCUGCGAGAUUUCUGCGUUUCCUGAUGGGGGAGAAUAAGAUCAAUCAUACUUCGUCGGGGCUGGGGAAUGAUAACCAAGUGGUCAAUCUGCAGGAGAGGACGUGGAAGUGGAAGACCAUGGAGGAUCUGGCCAGGUCGACCAACGGAAGGCCUUGGAAGGACUUUCGGUGGCCCCCUGAAUAG